AUGACCGAAGAAGAGGUUACUCAACCGGCUGCUGUGCGAAAGAUUUUUGAUUUGAAUGCUAGCCGUGUUCAACCUCCAAAACCAUCCAAUGUCAUUGAACAUAGCAGUGUCAUUGCUGGACCUAACAACACGCGUGUCAGGAUCACACAUGUUCGUCCUGCAGGGUCCGAGAACACUGUCCUUCCAGCAAUUCUUUACAUACAUGGCGGUGGUUGGGUAUUCGGUAGCAUGAAAACGCAUGGUCCUUUAGUGUAUGCUCUCGCACAACAAACGCCAGCAGCCGUCAUUUUUAUAGGUUACUCUCCUUCCCCGGAAGCACAAUAUCCAGUUGCGCUUGAGGAAUGUUAUGCUGCAUUGACCUGGAUGACCGACAAUGCACAAUCGCUUUAUAUUGAUCCCAAACGUAUUGCCGUAGGAGGAGAUAGUGCCGGAGGAAACCUGACUACCGCACUGUGCAUGCUGUGCAAAGAGCGAGGCAACAAAACUAUCACGUAUCAAAUUCUAUACUAUCCCGUGCUCGGUACCGAUUUCAAUACACCUUCUUAUAUUGAGCACAAGGACAGUAACAUGGUAGCGCGCCAUAUGAUGAUGUACGUAUGGGAUGCAUAUGCAGACCCCUCGAUCCGGGCAAAGGAAGUCAAGGCCGUGCCUCGAAACGCAAGCAAUGAAGAUCUCAAAGGCCUGCCACCCACCUUGAUAGUGACAGCCGAUUACGAUACGCUCAAAGACGAAGGGGCUGCCUAUGCUAAGCAACUGAUUGCUGCAGGAGUGGAGACAGUUCCAGUUAACUAUUUCGCUGUCCAGCAUGGUUUCAUGACGACCAUGGACAAACCACAAACCAAGGCUGCUCUCGCUCAAACAAUUGAUUUGUUGAAAAAGGCAUGGAAUGAUGGUCCAUCCAAGCUGUAG